ACACUAUAUUCCACUUUUCCAUUUCAAUUUGAUUUAGCCCUAAUUUAUCCAUCUGCCCUUUUGGUUCGUCCCUCAGCCUUCUCUUCCUCUCUGCUAUCUCGAUCUGCUCCGUCUUGAUCUCUCAUGCUCGAUCUCCAUUACUUUAGCUCAUCGUAGGCUCUCUCUCUCUCAUCCCUCUCUCUCCACCACCAUUUCUCAGCUGAAGCACUUCUUCCACCUGCGUUUCAGAGGCCGUUUUUCCAUCUGAAAAACCUCCAUCUAAACGAUCUCAAUCUCCGAUUCCCUAUGAGGUAACUCUCUUCGUCCUGCCCGUCCCGUCCCUUCUGUUUCAUAGAGUUAUCCGGCGAUAAACAAGAUGGAUCCCCUAGUUCAGUCACUAAGUCAAUAGUGUAUCCGGUGAACAUCACAUUCCCCCUUCCCUAACUGGUGUAGCAAGUGAACCCCCAAUUAACGGAAGUACCUCAAUUUCAAAUUCUCUCUCUUCCCCUUACGGAUCCUACUCAUCCUCUCUCUCUUGGUGUCUAUUAUAUCCAUUGACUUCAAAGCCUCGAUUGCGAUCGUUUCACAUUUCAGGUCGAGGUUGGACGAUUUGGAUCUUUGAUUUCAACCGCUGAAUUCAGAAAAGGAAGGAUAAAUAAUAAGUUGACAAUGAAACGAACGGUUAGUGAAGUGGAAAAAGUGAGUGAACAAAAUACCAAAGCUUCAACUUCAAAAUCAUCCCAACCACCGCCGAAGAAGAGGCGGGGUCCGACACGAUGCAAGAAUAUCAUAGACGCGAAAACCUUAUUACCUUUAAGGGUUAAUAAGUUUGGACAGCCGAUCGGUCCUGGGAGUGGUACAUAAACUAAUUAUCUGGGAACACUUGCCCGAAAGGGUGAAUUAGCUCUUUUGUGCUACAAAACUUGGUGGGAGAUGCCUAAACAGCUGAAGGAGGAUAUGUGGAACAUUGUAUAGGGAAAAUAUGAUGUGGGAAUCAUGACAAAACAGUGGACAAUAUCCUCCAUCGAAAAAAAAUGGAGGGGGUACAAGUGUGAGUUAAAAAAUGAAUACUACUCAGUUAGGGAUACAGAUGAAGAAAGAUUGGCAAACCUACCACCUAAUGUUGAAAAGGAGCAUUGGGAAUUUUUGGUUAGGCAUUGGGGUAUGCCUAUGGCGAAGAAGGUUAACAAAAAAAAUAAAGAACGUCGUGGGAAGCAGACAAUGAUGCAUACUACAGGGACAAAAAGCUUUGCACGUGUUUCUGCCGAGAUUGAGGAAGACGAAGGUAUUCAGCUUUCUCGUGCAGAUUUAUUCAUCCGCACACAUGUAAAUAAGGAUGGCAAAGCUACUGAUGCUGCUGCUUCGGAGAUGAUUGAAAAUAUAAGAGAACUUCAAAAAAGUUACUCUGACUCGCCUAUUGGCAGCUCCAAUGAUUUGUUCUCCAUUGUGAGGGGAGAAGAGAGAACUGGUCGUGUGCGGAUGCUUGGCUUCGGGCCUACACUAAGCGAUGUUUGGGGGCCCUCUCCUAGUAAAGCUGAACUGAUUAAUAAUGCUAAAAAAUUUCAGGAGGAGGCAUGCGCUACACGUGUAGAGUUGCAGGAGACGAUUUCAAAAAUGCAAGCCGACUAUGACAACAAGUUGGAAAAUUUACGAGCCAACUACGACGACAAGUUGGAAAAUCUACAACAACAGGUUGCUAUGCUAAUGCAGAUGCAACAAAAUUAUAGUGGACAAAGUAUCCCCAAAUCCAUUUUCUAGUCGUGAUGCCAAUUCAGUUAAGGUUAUGAACUUUUAAUUUCUCUUAUAUAUAUGUUAAAUUUUCAUUUAUUAUAAUGUGCGCUUAAUGAAUUUAUAAAAAAUGUAGGGUAAUUCAAAUUAAAUGGGCAAGAAGACUAGUUGAAGUUGAAGUUGAAGUUGAAGAUGGGGUCGUGGCUGUGCUUUUUGAAUUUCCUUCGCUUUGGAUGGGUUCUUUUUGAAAAACUUGUACUACAUUUGUUAAAAAUUCUUAAUUCUUUUUGUGUGACAUUUAGUACCUUUAUCUAGACAAUUUGGAUGGUAUUUUCAUAUUGACAGGUUAACUUGUGUUUGUAUUAGUAUA